ACCAUUCUGCUUUCGACCAGGCUGCCUUGUAUACGUGUUUACAGUGCACACAUGCAUCCCACGUCAAAGGGACGUGUUGCAGUUAUAAUAGUUGUCAGUUCACUUCAAGCGAAGUAGAGCACAGUCAUCGUGUUAUUCGGUAAACAUGUGUCAACUUCAAGCCAAACUUGCCGUUUGCACUACUCGGCGGUGACGAGAAUAUUUCCCGCUCAGAGCCUAUAGGCCUACAUCAUGAGCCGGUCGAGGACCUAUCCCAGAGACGAUGCUCAACUGGACUCGGACCCCGCAUCGACUCGCGCCAAGAGCAAGCGCGUGCAGAAGCUGCAAGCCGAGGUGGACGAGGUGGCGGUCAUCUUACACACGAAUGUGGACAAACUCCUGGAACGGGGCGAAAAGCUGGACGACCUGAUGGACCAUUCUGAUGAUCUGAUGGCACAGGCUUCGUCAUUUAAGACAACGUCAAAACAGAUCAAAGCACAUUAUAAAUGGAAGAACAGAUUGUAUAAAGUCAUCGGCGUCAUUGUUGUUCUGCUAAUAAUUGCUGUCAUCGUUGUAUGUAUAAUCAGGCCGUGGGAAACAAGCUGAACACGCCCUAAUGUGGAGCGGAUGGAGAACUUACCUUUUUUGUGUAACGGCUGGGUCUUUGAUUUUUAUCCUUAUGGUUUGAAUUUGCUGGUUAUUUGCACAAAUUGUUUGUUACUUAAAAUCGUCUACGAACAUAUUGUAAUCAUUUUAAACAUGUUUUCCUCGAAAAAAAAACAUAUGAAGAGACUUACUGUAAAGUGAUCAUUUAGGCUAAAAAAAGUCUUCGGUGUCUGGUAUGGAGCUUGCCCCAAAAGUGGUGCGGCGACGCGGCUUUUUUUAAACCGUUUUUUCCCCUUAAAAUGUCGGCUGAUUACUGCAUAUGGUGCCCGACUAAAUCUAGUUUUGAGACAUCACCUGAAAUUGAAUUUUUUUUUUAAAUUUUGCUACGGCGACGCGUGAGCACGCCAGAAACCGGAGACCUUUUUUGGCCUUACGAAAGUCAGAUGUAGGCUUCUUAAACUGUUCGUAACUACGGCGAGUCUUUGACUCGUAAACGCAUUAUCAAUCGCAAGAGUGCCUGCAAAAGAGGGCUUUAUAAAGUCAGUUUUUCCAGGGGGGAAGGGGAUGCCGUUGUUUUGUCACAAAUCGGAAACCGGCGACGUGCGUGUUUUGGUAUGCUUUUGGGGGUCGAUAAUACUAGAAGUACUAUUUACAGGGUAUGUAUAUUGUUGAAUUUUUUUAUGGAAUCUCGUGUCGCUGGAUUUUACAAACUGAUAUUACUUGCGGGGGUAUUCUUUGGUUGCUUUUGACCAGAUAACGGUACGUAUUUGUAGUGUAUGGUAGAUAGAGAGAUGUGGAAUAUAUACGUGGCUCCUGCACAUUCUGUGAGGCACAUCGUUCAUUUUAAACGGCAUAAAGCCCGGUUCCUACUUCAUGCGAAUACGAAGCGAAUUUGACGUCGUGAAACAUUCGCUGCGAAAUUCGCCCGAGUUGAUUAUGUUCGAAUUUUACGAAUUCGCAGCGCGAAUACUUGCCAUGACGUCACAAAUUCGCGUUCGCUCUCACUUUCACGCCCCUAUGAACCGGGCUUAACAUGCGAAGUAUAGCUAUUUUAUUCUUUUAAAGGAGCUGGUUACUUAUUUUUGUUUUGUUUAAUGGUACAUACACUAUCCCCACACUGUCCCUGCUCAAAAUUUGUCGUAUAGACCUUAUCAUGCUGUCACCAUUUCAGUCAUGGUCCCUGUAUCCAAUAACAAUAGUGAAUGAUAAUGUUUUUGUGCAAAAAGGAACCCGACUAUUGUUCCUUCCAGCCUCGCUUUGGUCACGUUGAUUUGAAUGGGAAAAAUCCAACUGCCCGCAACAUGAUAUUGGCAUUAUGGUAUGCUUCUUUGAACUUUGUGGAGUGUGGCCUAGUGGUUAUAGAGUUCGUGACUCCGAGGGGCAGGGGCUCGAAUCCAGCUGCUGGUCAUAAUUAUGUUGUGUCCUUGGGCAAGCCACUUCACCCCACUAGGAGCAUAAAUAGGCACCAGCUGUAGCUGUGGAGUAACCUACGACAGACUGGCAUCCCAUAAAAACAAACUACAGGGUGAGUCAAAAAAAAAAAC